GAACAGAUAGAAACUCCGAGACUUCGAAGGAGAAACCUGGAUCAUUAGAAGAAGGGGUGGGGGGGACUAGGUUCUCUCCGGUGGGAGAAGAGGAAACGCCGAAAGGACCAGCCAUAGGACGGAGGCAAAGCUGGAAGCCGCUUGACUUCCUUGGGAGCGAGUCUCGUUGAAUUCAGGGUUGGAAGUUCAUUUGAAAGGAGAGUAUCCCAUGCAAGAUCCGAUCGCUCAUCUCUUCAUCCUUGGUUCCUCCAGCGGCCAGUCAUGCCCCUCCUGGAAAUGCCAGUCAUCAGAACAGCCUUUUUUCUCCUGCUGGAUGUCCUCUGCAACUGAUUUCAGAGGUAGCUUGCCUUUGGAUAUGGAAGCUCUACACCAGCCUCCUGACAGCGAGCCAUUGACAACUUUCCAUCUCCCAUUCCACCUUAGCCACUUCUCGUGGGUUUGAAUUCUGGCUGGCGAUAUUCACAGAAGCACCUGAUCACCCAACGUCAUGCAGGAAAACUAUGAGAAUGUGAUCUCACUGGCAGAGGAAAUUGCAAUCAGUUGGCCUCGGAUAACUGCCUUUGCUGAGUCCCACAGAAGAAGAGGACUUGGGCCUGUCAUGGAGUCUGAACGGAGCCAAGCACAGCAGGCCCCGUUGCAGAGCCAAGCAGUCGGCCCAAGCGAAAGUGGACUCAAUGCUGACCUCCGUCGCCAGCUGGGCUUCAUCCUGCAGACGGCGGGCAGGAGCCAAGUGGAGAAGAUGCUGCGGGAACUGGUGAAGGAGCAGAGCCAGGAAGGGAAGCGGAAAGCAAGGAAGAAGGCACCUAAGAACCACAAAGUUGAAGCUGUUGAGGAUAAUGAAGAAGAGCUGCAGCCAGAACAAGACUGUGUGGAGAAGCGGGCAGCACCCUCAAGGAGAUCUAUUAGCCCAGAGGAGGCUUGCACCAGCAGACAUUGGUGCCCGCAGAGCCUAAAGGACCAACAGCCUUAUCAAGACUUUGCGGUGCAUCAGCAGGAAGGGAAGAAUUCCAGCAGCCAAAGGUGCCUGGAAAAGUCGGGGGUGUGGGGGGAGUGUGGGAAGAAAAGCAUGAAUGUUCGGGGCCACAGUAUGCCCACCCCAGAGAGACCACACCAAUGCACCGAAUGUGGACGUUGCUUCCGGCAACACUCCAUCCUGCAUAAACAUCAGAAGAUUCACACGGGGGAGAAGCCCUACCUGUGUGUGGCUUGUGGCAAGAGAUUCAACCGCAGCUCCAACCUGGUGCAGCACCAGCGUGUCCACACAGGGGAGCGUCCCUUCCCCUGCGCCGCCUGUGGCAAGGCUUUCACCCAGAAAUCAGAUCUAGAGCGUCAUCAGCGGGUGCACACAGGGGACCGGCCAUACAUUUGCCAGGACUGUGGGAAAUGCUUCUCCGUCAGCUCCCACCUCGACCGGCACAGGCGCACCCACCAGGACAACCCUCUGGAGAAGCCUUCAGCCGCCGCUCUGGUCCCCGCUACCCAUUACUGUCCCAACUGUGGGAAAUGUUUUGGACAACGUUCUGCUCUCACAAAGCACUGUAAGACUCAUUCGGGGGAGCGCCCGUACCCCUGCAGCGCCUGUGGCAAGCGGUUCAGCCGCAGCUCCAACCUGGCGCAGCACCAGCGCAUUCACACAGGGGAGCGCCCCUUCCCAUGUGCUGACUGUGGCAAGAGGUUCAUCCAGCGUUCUGACCUGGAGCGCCACCAGCGGGUGCACACCGGGGAACGCCCGUAUACUUGCGCCCAGUGCGGCCGGGGUUUUUCCGUGAGUUCCCAUCUCGACCGCCACCAGAGAGUCCACCAAGCCCUCGCGGUGGCUGCAGCUGCCCACUGCUGCCCAGAACAUGUAAAAGGGUUCCUCCUCAGCAAUGGGGCCAAGCAGACCCUGAAAUACCAGCUGUAUGGCGGCAAAGGACGUCUCACUCGCAGUGGCCAUUGCUUAGACUGUGGGAAAAGCCUGAGCAAGCUUCCCGCUCAGCCCCCGGGGAUUGCGGUCGAGAAGCCGUACAAGUGUGAGGCUUGUGGGAAGGCCUUCGCCCAGCGCUCGGCGCUGAUGAAGCACCAGCGCAUCCACACUGGGGAGAAGCCUUUCUCCUGCGGGGAGUGCGGCAAGGGCUUCAUCCAGAAGUCGGAUCUGACCAUCCACCAGCGCAUGCACACCGGGGAGAAGCCAUACCGCUGCGACACCUGUGGCAAGUGCUUCAGUGUCAGUUCCAACUUGCUGACUCACCAGCGCACCCAUCUGGGGGAGAAGCCCUACGCCUGUGGGGAGUGUGGCAAGGCCUUCGUCCAGCGCUCGGAGCUGACCAUCCACCAGCGGACCCACACGGGGGAGAAGCCCUACAAAUGUAGCCUCUGCAGCAAAUGCUUUAGCCGCAGCUCUCACCUGAACCGUCACCGGCGCACCCAUGGCGGCCAGACGGACUCAGCUGCUCCAGUCCCUUCCCCAUUGCUUGCCCCCAACCCACACAAGCCAAGCAUUCCUCUGCCCAGCUCCGUCUUCUCCGCCUCCUUUUCCUCUCCCAGCCCUCUCCCUCCCUUACCCGCCUUCCCUUCCUCACCUUCCCCUCUUCCCCUCCCUGGUUUGGAGCUGCCUUGGACUCUCCCCUUCCCAUCCCAGGGUUUUCCCCAUCCAACCUACGUGCCCCCUGCUCCAGACACAGCCCAGGCUUCUCUCACCAACUAGUUCUUCCCCUUCCAGCCUCUUCUCUUUAUUCCUGCUCAAUGUCCUCCUUCUCUUCCUUCUAGUUGCCCUCCCAAAUCCGUUCUGGUUUUGCUUCUUCCUUCUCCUUCUCUGUUCACUGAGCUUCACUGUUCCCCUGCUCUGUUUUCACUGGCCAUCCAUGGGGAAGCUAGAAAGGAGAAGCCGGCAGAAACGGUGGGCGUACAUCGGUGAAGCAGGUUGCACUAGGGCUAUACAACAAAGGGGCUUGGCCCUUUCCUUCUUCCUGCCUUCUGCAUCAUCGCGAGACAGUAUCAAACUCUCCAUCUUAUCACCAGAGCUAGAACCACCCUGGGUACCAGCUCAGCUGGGAGAGAAAGAGGAAGUUGGCAGCUGCAGUAGCAAGG